AUGAAGCAUCAGUACUCAUUCGAUGCAACCAGCUUAGUUCCAUCGAAGUUUGUGGUGAACGAAUACUCGCGCACGAUCGCCAAAGUGAAGCCGAAGAUUCGCAUAAUUCACAUAGUUGCACCGGAAAUCAUAAAGACCGACGUCCAAAAUUUCAGGGAGCUCGUGCAGAAACUAACCGGUAAACCAGCAGAAGCAAAAGAAAGCAGAAAAGGCAAGGAGAAUAAUAAUAAUCAUAAUCAUAAUGCAGCUUCAAUAAUAUCUCGAGUCUUGCCUCCGAAGCUACCUUGUCUACCGAUCAUACCGCAAGAAAAUAUGCAAAGAUCGACGAAGGAGGAGAUUGAAGAAAUGUACAACGACGAAGAGAAUCCGAACGCGUUCUUGAGUUAUUUGGGAGACGACGACGAUGAACAAGACGGAUUCAAUGUUCCGUACAUGAAUGGAAUUCCUAUGAUCAGGUCGUCUACAUUUGGCGAGGUGCAUUUCUGCUGA